CGAAGUCAUUCAUUCCGCAUUGGAAGGCGUACUGAGUAGUAACUGUCUUUUUUGAAAACAACCGACCGCCACACAAAAAUGUCGCACGACGGCUGCCAUGAGGUGGCCUGGAAGGGCAAAGCCUUCUCGUACCUGAUGCACCACCAUGGAUUUCACUCGACUGAGAAUUACGGCUCUGUGCGUAAAGAGGGGCAGGCUUCUGGCCAUGGUCAUGGUAACCAACCUCCCGCUUCGGAGCAGCCUGCAAGCGACGUACAUACUCGGGCGGGCACUGGCACCUGGAACGGCCCUGCCCCCCGCGGCAUGCGAGGAGCCGCAGGACAGGCCGCCGCUCCCGCCACCGCGCCGGCUCGUGAGCCCGACAGUGUACGGCUGAGCAACGGCGCCCGGCUGCCUAUGAUCGGUCUGGGUACGGCAGCCAUCCAGGAUCCGGAGAUCAUCAAGCAGGCUCUCGAGCUGGGGUAUCGUCACAUCGACUGCGCCUGGUUCUACGGCAACGAACAGGUUGUAGGCGACGGCCUGGCUGACUUCAUCGCCGCGGGCCGGCGUGAGGAGCUCUUCGUGGUCAGCAAGGUGUGGAACACGCACCACAGGCCGGAGGACGUCAGGCGGAGUGUGGAGGAGUCGCUGGGUCGGCUGCGCUGCGGGCACCUGGACCUGCUGCUCAUGCACUGGCCCGAGGCCUGGACCCCGGGCUCAUCCUGGGAGAAGCCCACGCCGGAUACCGAGGUCACCAUCUCCCAGACCUGGGCCGCCAUGGAGGCGCUGGUGGAUGAGGGCAAGGUGCGCAGCCUUGGCGUCUCCAACUUCAGCCUCAAGCAGGUUGAGGAGCUGCUGUCCGGCUGCCGCAUCCCGCCGCUGGUAAACCAGGUGGAGCUGCACCCGCUGUGCUCGCAACGCAAGCUGGUGGGGGUGCUGCGCAGGAAGGGCGUGCAGUGCGUGGCGUACUCGCCGCUGGGAGGGCAGGGCAUGGUGAAGCCCAACGAGCUGAAGGACCACCCCGUAGUCCCGCGCGUGGCGGAGCAGGCGGGCAAGAGCAACGCACAGGUUCUCAUCAAGUGGAACAUCCAGCGCGGCGUCCCCGUCAUCGCCAAGACCGCCAACCCUGCCCGUCUGGCGGAGAACCUGGCCGGCAUGUACGACUGGAAGCUGAGCUACGAGCAGAAGGAGGCGCUGGAUGCGAUGGAUGCGGGGCGGCGCUUCAUUGACUUUGACUGGAAGGUGUGGGCAGACCCGGAGGAGGGGGGCGUGAGCAAGCCUAGCGUGGUAAUGGGACUGUGAGGCGGGGGGGGUCAAAGACCAU